AGUCUCAAGCUCCAGAAACGUCUCGCCGCAUCGGUGAUGCGAUGUGGUAAAAAGAAGGUAUGGUUGGAUCCUAAUGAAAUAAAUGAAAUCUCCAAUACCAACUCCCGCCAAAACAUCCGAAAAUUGAUCAAGGAUGGUUUAAUCAUCAAAAAACCCGUAGCUGUACACUCCCGUGCCCGUGUACGUAAAAACCAAGAAGCUAGACGUAAAGGUCGUCACUGUGGUUUUGGUAAAAGAAAGGGUACAGCUAACGCGCGUACACCACAAAAGGAAUUAUGGGUCCAACGUAUGCGAGUACUCCGUCGUCUCUUGAAAAAAUACCGUGAGACAAAGAAAAUUGACAGACAUCUGUACCACCUUCUGUACAUGAAGGCUAAGGGUAACGUGUUCAAGAACAAGCGUGUUCUUAUGGAGUACAUCCACAAGAAGAAGGCCGAGAAGGCGCGUACGGAGAUGCUUUCUGACCAAGCCGAAGCCCGUCGUACCAAGGUACGUGAAGCCCGCAAGCGACGUGCUGAGAGAAUCGCAGCCAAGAAACAGGAGCUUUUGCAAUCUUACCAACGCGAAGACGAAGCCGCUGCUGCGCAAAAGAAAUAA